ACGAAAAUAAAGAGUUGCUGUUUUGUUUUUAAUACUCAUUGAAAAUAAUUCUCGCAUUAUCAUUGCAAAUGGAACGGUGACACAAAUGAAUUGGACAUAACAAAACGUGGCGGAGCAUAAACGGGCGCAGUUAUACAGUAGAGUAGUGCAAAAAAACAAAAAAAAAAAAACAGAAUUGUAUGCCCAACAACGAAAAAUAAAAGCAUGAGUUGAAAAGCUGAAGACAAGUGAAGCAGCGACACACACACAUACACACACAGCCACACGUAUGCAAACAAACAAAAUACAAGAAGAAAGACACUUUUUUUUCAAGGCAACAAAUUGUGUGCAAACGACAAUAACGAUUUAAACAAAAAAUCUAAUUAAAACAUACAUGCAUAGCUGGUACGCUGAUUGACAACGCAAGCACGUGUAGUAUAUAACAAACAGCAGUAUCAACAACAACAACAGCAGCAGCAAAGAAGAGGCGCGCGCUUUAUGCGUUUAUAAAUUCAGGAAGCAGUAACGAUUAUUGACAGCAUUAAAAAUCAGCAACAACAAUAAGAAUAACAAGCAACAAUCAACAACAACAACAACAAUAACAACAACAGCAUCUCAUCAUCAUCAACCAUGAGCACUGUAUUUAUAAACUCACGCAAAAGCCCAAAUUUGCUGAAAAAACAGGGCACAGACCAAUGGGUCAAGCUGAAUGUAGGUGGCACCUACUUUUUAACUACCAAAACGACGCUUUCCCGUGACCCAAAUUCGUUUCUAUCACGUCUGAUUAAGGAGGACUGCGACCUGGUAUCUGAUAGGGAUGAAACUGGCGCCUAUUUAAUUGACAGAGACCCCAAGUACUUUGCACCUGUGCUCAACUAUUUGCGUCAUGGCAAACUCGUGCUCGAUGGCGUCUCCGAGGAGGGUGUGCUGGAGGAGGCGGAGUUCUAUAAUGUUACACAGUUGAUAGCGCUGCUUAAGGAAUGCAUUUGCAACAGAGAUCAGCGUCCACAGGCGGAUAAGAAGCGCGUCUAUCGUGUGCUGCAGUGUCGUGAACAGGAGCUGACUCAGAUGAUCUCAACGCUGUCCGAUGGCUGGCGCUUUGAGCAGCUAAUUAGCGUUGGCAUGCAAUAUUCAAACUAUGGCCCAUUCGAGAACAAUGAGUUCCUUUGUGUGGUAUCCAAAGAGUGCGGCUCGACAGCCGGACGUGAGCUCGAGCUUAACGAUCGUGCCAAAGUGUUGCAGCAGAAGGGAUCGCGAAUUCUUGGAAUCUAAACAUGCUUAUACCUUUGAACGCGUCAAUAUGUAAUCCCAAAUCAUCAUCAAUCAACAAUCAUCAUCCAGCCAGCAACAAAUGCUAAACAAACAAAACAACAACAACCGCACACCUGUUACAACAAAUAGAGCGUAACGACAACAAUAACAACAACA